AUGGAUCUCCCAGAUUGCCCUCCUGGAGCGGAGGGCUACCAAGAUUCUGUUACUGAAGUUCCAAAAAAGCCUGAUGAUGUCACUACUUGCACUAAGGCUGAGCAGGAGUUUCAACAACAUCUGAAUAGUUUGAAGAUUAGAACAGAAGAUGGCAACUACCGUUGCAUGGUCGAACGUCGCGGACGUGACAUCUCGGGCAAGUGGAUAUACUUGUGCUAUCCUUGUGCGGCGAUGUGCAGUGGGGAGAGCGUAUUACAAACGCAUAUAUCUGGGAAGAAGCAUAAAAACAAACUUGGCAUGAGAACAGUAUGGCCUUUGAAAAUAUUCGAGGAGCAUCCUUAUGUGCAAAACGAGAAAGGAAUUUCCAAGUCUGCAGCAACAGAAAAAGUGCUGCAAAAGAUGGCGCAAGAAGUGGAAAUGUACAAGAAGACUCCUUCGGAGCUCGAUCUGAAAUACGACAAGUACCGCGAUGUACUUUGUCAUAUCCAGGACACGCUCGAUAAUGUUAAAGCACCCUUACUAGGUGUAGAGUACUUGAUCGAACACCCGCCGGAAGAGACGCACUACGAGCCCUCGUACAUGUGCGUGCUGUGCAUCAAGCAGGGCCACCCGCGCACUAUCGUCAACCAUCUCACAUGCUUCUGGCAUAGAUAUAAUUAUCUCCUGCGGCACUUCAACAAGGCGUGCUCGCUGCUGGCGCCGUACCGCAACCAGUCCAAGUACCGCGAGGGCGUCGCCGUCAUCAUGAACCGCCUCGCGCUGCGCAUACAGGACAAGUACGGCCGCAUGCGCCCCGUCAACAUCGACAAGCAGGAGUACGAGAAGGACAGAGAUCAAAUACAUCAGUGGAUCUUCAAAGGAUACCAUUUCGCCGAAACUGACAGCUAUACUUUCGAGGAAGUCGUCGACGCGGACUUGAUCACCUCAUUAGAUUCUUCUGAUAAGAAGAUCAGUGCAAGAAAAAAUCGCGAUCCGUCGCCACCCAUCGUCGCCGCACCUUCGAAGCCUCUUAAUAAAUACAAUGCACAAAGACGCGGCAAGCGAGGCUCGAUGGAAUCGCUGUCGGACGUCAGCGACGAGCCCGACAUGCGCACGGCCAAGGCUAAAUCUCCAAGAGUUAAAGAUCCAAAACGCUACGAGCCUUACCCGGAGAGGCGGCGGGAGAGUCCCGUGCACUCGCGCUACUCUGUUCGCAAUGUACCUUCCAAGUCACAGGAAAAGCAAUCCCGGCCGCCCAACUACGAGUACAAGGUGAAGCUGGCGGAGGAGCAGCGCGCGGCGGCCGAGCAGCUGGCGCGCAAGGCGCUCGCAUACCAUGAGAAGAACCCGGAAAAGCACCCGCUGUACCCCGAGGAGUGGAAGAAGUUCUGGAACCGACGGUACAAGGAGAUACAGGCCGAGGGCAAAGACGCGUCGAAGCACGACUUCAAGCCGGAGUGGAUAGUGUUCUGGACGGCGCGUAUGAAGGAGCUGCACGAGGAGGAGCUGCGCUCGACCGUGUCCGAGGUGUACCGCCGCAUGCGCCUCACGCCGCCAGACGCGCGCCCCGCGCCCGCGCCGGCCCUCGCCCCCGCGCCCGCGCGCGCGCCCCCCGCGAGAGACGCCUGGAGGUCCCCCGAGCGCCGCCGCUCGCCGCGCCGCCGCAGCCCGGAGCCGCGCCGCCGCUCGCCGCGCCGCGCCUCGCCCGCGCACCGCCGCCGUUCGCCCGACUAUAGGAAGCAGAGAUCGAUCGACCGGCGCUCCCCGCCGCGCCGCGUGUCGCCCUGCCCGCGCUCGCCGCUGCGCCACCUGCGCACGCGCUCACGAAGUCCUGUACAUAUUAAAGCUGCCGGCAAGACGACGCGCAGCCCGCUGUCGCGCCGCGAGUCCGUGCCCCGCAACCAGAGCCCGCGCGCCGUCAUGCUCGACACCGUGCUCAUAUCCGACGACGAGCUCAAACCUGACGACGGCCUGUCUCCGUGGAACUCUGAGGACUCGGUGGGAUCAUUGCCAGAGGCGCGGUCACCUCCGCGUCGCCGCUCGCGUACCGGUAGCGCGGUACCACGUCGCGACGCCCACCGUGACCGGGAACGUGAUCGUGAACGCGAUCGGGAACGUGACCGGGAACGUGAUCGUGAACGUGAUCGUGAACGUGACCGAGACCGUGACCGGGAACACGACCGUGACCGUGUCGCCACGCCGCAAGACUUCGGUGCCGCAGAGAAUGUUGUUGCAACGCUAAGGCUGCUCGUCGCCCUGGAAGACUAUUUGGGUAGUUUAGGACCUAAGAUUGUGGAUUUGCUUGCAGAAGCAUUGAAGAUGGAAAAGGAUAAGGCGAAUUCAUCAGAGGAGUUGUUAGAGACAGAAUCGGCGGUGGUGCUGAUAGAGACGGCGAAGGAGAAGCUCAAAGGCGCGAUGCAGGCGGGGCUGGUGCCGGGCGGUGCGGCGGCCGCCGUGCGCGCCGCCGUCGUGCGCGCCGCCUCCACGCUGCACGAGGCUGACACUAGGAUGAAGAAGAAGAAGGAAAAGGAGAAGGUGGAACAAAGCUUGGGCGGCGGCGGGUCGCGCGCGCGCUCGGCCGCCAGCGUGCCGGUGGCGGGCGUGGGCGCGGUGGACCGCGAGCAGAUCGCGCAGCAGAUGGCGGCCGCGCUCGUCGCGCAGGGCAAGACCGACGUGUCCGCAGAGGAGCUGGCGCAGCUCGUGGACGCUGUGGUCGGAAUGGCCGAGGCCAAGAAGCGAGAGGCAGAAUCCAAAAAGAAUACACAAAAUAAGGCCGCCACAGAGCGCUCGGCGCGUCCCUCCGGCACCGCCUCUGCGCUGCAGAUGUUGCAGUCCGCCUAUGAUGAUAAGAGCAAAACUGAGAAGGAGGAUGCGCCGGAUGCAAUGGAUGGUUUAUCUGACUCAGACUUGGAAACAUUACUCAAGAACUUCAAUGAGUUAUCAGCAGAAGAACAACACAGUCUAAUUGCUUAUUUAAAAAAGCUGGAAGCUCGAGAGCCGCAACGUGUAGAAAGACUGCGUCAGUAUGUGAGUGCAGCGGCGACCACUGUGCCACUUAUAGAGGAAACGCCCAAACCUGUCAAAGAAGACAAACCAGUCACCAUAGAAAGUGAUGACGACGAUUACACAGUCGAAGAUAUAUUUAAAUCUGCUACACAGAAAGUGAAAGAAGAUCAAAUUCGGCAGGAAAUGGAGAUUGUUAAAAAAUCUUUAGAAGAGACAAAAGAUUCACCUAAACCGGUAGAAAAAGCUGCUGCACCUGCAGUUACAGAUGUGCAAAAGAAUGUAUUUUCAGCUAGCGAUCUGUUAGCGUUAGUCCAAGCGUCUUUGCAGUCAACUCCAGCGCCGACCCCCGUACAAACGGUUCCAACGGCACUGGUGUCAGAUGUCGUCGCAAGUAACACUCAGCCUAGGUCAUUUGGAGAUUUACCUGAACCAACAAUGAUGGAACCUUCUAAACAAUUUUUACAAAAUGUAUCUCUUGCCUUAAAUAAUCAAGUAUUAAAUCCACAAGCAUUUCCCCAAAGUGUUCCAAAUAUGGCUAACUUUGGAGGUAACAGAAAUGAAUCCCAACACAUACCAGUUUGGGAGCCCAGGCAAGGUCCCGAUAACAAGGGGCCUAUGGAUAAUAUACAACUUAAUAAUACAUUUAAUCAAGGACCUAGAGGGCCUCAAGAUAGCUAUAAUCAACUACCUAGAGGAUCUCAAGACAACUUUAAUCAAGCGCUUCGACAAAAUGAUAAUUAUAAUCAAGGGCCGAGAGGGCCUCACGAUAAUUUUAAUCAGGGCGCUAGAGGGCCUCAGGAUAGCUAUAAUCAGGUGCCUAGAGGACCCCAGGAGAAUUACAACCAAGGGUCACGAGGACAGGACAAUUUUAAUUCAGGACAGAGAGGAGGACCAGAUAAUUACGAUCAAGGCAAUCAGGAUAAUAUGUACGAUAAAGACUCCAGAGGGCCGCAGGACGAUUACAACCAAGAACCGCGAGGAUCUCAAAAUAACUUCAAUCAGGGGCCACGCGGACAAGAAAACUUCAAUCACGGACUGCGCGGGUCGCAGGAUAAUUUUAAUUCAGGACCUAGAGGGCCUCAAGAUAAUUAUAACCAAGGCCAAAGAGGACCACAAAAUAACUUUAAUCAAGGUCAAAGAGGGUCUCAGGAAAAUUACAGCCAAGUGCCAAGUUUAAUGGACAACUACAACCCCAACUCGAGAGGACAAGAUAAAUCUUUUGGCGGUGGAAGAGGAUCAAAUAACUUAUUUACUCAAAAUAGAAGCAAUUACAACAGUAACAGAAUGCAAGAUAAUUAUAAUAAUAGGUCGGAAGGUAACCAGCAACCUGGCAACCAAAAAUUUGGAAACUAUGAACAGAAUAAUUUUAGGGGCAGAGGAAGAGGUUAUGGAGGUCAACGAGGUCGAGGACGUGGUUAUUAU